CCCCCAAACCCUACCAGUAUUCGCGCCGCCGCCACCUCCUCCGCUUACUAGCGCCCAGCCGCCGCCGCCGCCGCCGCCGCCGCCGGAGAAGAGGAGGGAGCAGCACCCGCAGCCAUGGGUCGCGUCCGCACCAAGACCGUGAAGAAGACCUCCAGGCAGGUGAUCGAGAAGUACUACUCGCGCAUGACCCUGGACUUCCACACCAACAAGAAGGUGCUGGAGGAGGUCUCCAUCCUCCCGUCCAAGCGUCUGAGGAACAAGGUUGCCGGCUUCACCACCCAUCUCAUGCGCCGCAUCCAGCGCGGACCCGUCCGCGGCAUCUCCCUCAAGCUGCAGGAGGAGGAGCGCGAGCGCCGCAUGGACUUCGUCCCGGAGAAGUCCGCCCUGGAGGUCGACGAGAUCCGCGUCGACAAGGAGACCAUGGAGAUGCUCACCGCCCUCGGCAUGGCCGACCUCCCCGGGGUCGAUCGCGCCCCAGAGGUCACUUCCUCCGCCCCUGCCUUCGGAGGCCGCCAGCCGUUCAACGGCCCCCGCGGCGGCAACCGCUCCUAGGUUCCUCGCCACAUCGUCAAUCAUCUUAUCGCAUCGCCUAGUUCUGCUCCUAUGUUUUAUCUGUUUUAGAUCUGCUGUUCGUUAUGUGGCAAGUAAGGUUUUGAACUUGAUACUUUGAAUUUGAGGUGUUUUGAUCUGCGUAUGGUGGACAUGUGAUCUGUUUAUUGCACCGUUAAAUCUUAAGUAAUCCGAUAUAUUACUAUUGAGUGUUAAUGUUCA